UCAAAUUAUCAUCAUCUGUCACCUUGGAAUAUCUGAUUUUUAGAGCUAUAAGUUGCAGUCUGGUCCUGUUUAUGGGAGAGGAGAGAGCUUCAAACUUCAGUUUCCUAGGGUUUCAUGGCUCCAAAGUCUACUACUCUUCUUUUCAUGAUAAUUUCAACGUUAUUGCUUUCAGUUUGCACUUUAGCAGAUGGGCAUAGAAUUCUGAUAGAAAAUUCAGUUGCUGGAACAGGUUUAUCAGAGGAAUUGCAGGAUGAAGAAGUUUCCUAUGUUCAUUCCAGAAUGCUUGCAGUGAGGACUAAUGACUAUCAAAAUUAUGAUCCUUCUCCGGCCUUUGUGAAACCUCCAUACAAACUGAUACCAAACUAGUGCUACUAUAUCCUUAAUUAAACUGAAUGUUUCCUUAUAUGAUAUAAAGAUGUACAGGCUUGUUACAAAAUAUUAUUGUGUUAUUUUAAAAUUAAAUAGAGCAUAUACCAUUUUUUUU